CCGGGCUCGGCUGUGUUUGUUCCAGUCAGGUUGCUAUGGACGCUCCUCAGAGAAGUAUGGACGGCGCGGUGCGGGGUCAGUGAUGGAGCUGCCAUGUCUGCCACUGAAAAGUAUGUUGGAACCACCUAAGCUAUUGCGUAGACCUCUUCCCCCUAAAAUAGUACCUGUGCUAAAAGGAAACAAGCCAUAUAAAAAAGAAAAAGGGAGAGCCCAUUCUUGUGAACAGCAGCAAAUCCAGGAGAUCCGUGCGAUACAAGAAAAUAAACAUGGGAGUAGUGAUUUGGUGACUGCAGAAAACACAGACCUGCACUGCAAAGACUGGAUUCGUGACCAUGGAGUCCCUACACCUGCUGCAAGUAGAUUAAACAGUGAUGAUUACCCUGUAUAUUGGAGAAACCUGAGCACACUGAGCUGUAUCCAGGAACAGCAUAAAUAUCCUAUCACUGAGCAAAUACAUCAUGGACAGUUAAUGCGCACAGGGCCAGCAGAUUUUCCAUUAAAAAGGCGCCACAAGCAGUCAUUGCAAAAUGUAAAUGUUCUGACACAUAUUAAUGAUGGUGCCCACUACCAACAGUCCGUUCCUGAAUUUACCUUUAAUGACAUUACAAGGUCAGCUUACCACACAGGAAAUUUGGCAGAGUUAUUGAACAAGCCAAUGAUCUCUAGUCUGCCCUAUAGCAGCAUGGAAGACAACAUUGCAAAGCUGCAGCGAAGGAUACAGGAUAAGAUUCACAAUGUGCUGUUGUCGCCUCACAACAUCCCUGAAGUAUCAAAAAGAGUUCCCCUGCAGCAGCUUGCUCUUGAGCAGCAGCAAGCAAUAAUAAAGGAGGAUGCAGAAAGUGCAGGAGCUCUAGGAGAAGAUUCUCUCCAUCAGUUAUAUAAGUCACAACAUUUCAGAAAUUCUGAUUCCAUAUAUAAGGAUCAAAGUAAAGUAUUGGAAACAUACUGUGACCUUGCAAUGCUUGAAUGUCUAGUACAUGGAGGACAUGCCUUAAGUCUAAAGGCCUAUUUUAUUUCAAAACUUCCAGAUUUGACUCCCUUAUAUGAGACAUUAUUCUACCUCAACUUGUCUUUUAAUGAAUUCUGGCAAUUUCCUACAGAGGUAUACAGACUAAAACAUUUGGAAAUUCUGAAAUUUAGAAACAACCCCGUCAAAGACAUUCCAUUUGGGAUCCACAACCUAAAGAAACUCAGGACUUUGAUAGUGUCAUUUUGCUCAUUAUCUUCUCUGCCAGAUGGACUGUUUCUUUUGCCAUAUCUGCAGGUGCUGGAUGUGUCCUAUAAUGAUAUCUCUUUAAUUCCAAAUGAUAUCUCCAAUCUCAGAGCUUUGGAGUUCCUGAAUGUGGAAGGAAACAGCUUGCCAGCAUUGCCUUGUGGGGCACUAAAACUAAAGCUUAAGCAGCUACGUGUAGGCAACAACCAAAUGCACCCCCUGUUCUGGAGAGAGAACACCCACAUCCAACCACAACGCCUCCUUGACAUAGCUGCCAUGGCUUUUGCCAAAAACAACCUGUUUCGCUACUUUGCAGACAUUCCUAGUGAAGUCAAAGAAAUACUGCUCAAGGUUAAAGCAUGCGAUUGCUGCAGGGGAGCCCUGUCAGGUGAAGGCCUGCGCUUUAUCCGACCUUGUGAAAAAAUCUUUGGGAUCCGCCAGCUUCCAUUCAUGUUUCACGCCUGCUCACCAUCUUGUUACAGAAGCUUCAUGAGCCAGACAGAAUCUCUUACUAAGCAUCUCUACGAAGGCUAAUAUUUUUGAUAUUGAUAUGUUAAGUACUGAUCCCUGGAGAAAACCAAAGUCCUGGUAUAUCAAGCACGGGUCUACUUCUUCACUAUAAUACCAAUAAAAAGUCAUAACCAAGUGCAGAUGAUGUAUAUAAACGGCGGGUGAUAUUAAUUACUUAAAAAUAUAGGGCUUGUUAAAGAGAAGUCAUGGCCUUUUCAUAAACACUGUCAAUUUUGCUCUGAAUGGGCAAAGUGAGGAUAUUCUGAAGAUCUGUCCUGUCUGAGCACUUAGGAUUACUCAUGAGGCCUUUUUUUUCGACGUGCCACAUGAGUUUUGAAAUGCAUUGUGUAGAUUUCUACAAAGUGAAAUAAUGAGGUGUAUCGAUUAUGUGUAAACCCCAGACAUGACGUAUGAACAAAGCAUAUCCCUCUAUAGUGUGUUCUUGUCUCAAUUAAGAGCACUAAGUGUAAUUUCUGUCUGCUGUUUUGUUCCUGUGCUAUCUGUAUAAUUCACUUCUGACAAGUUUUCCUGACACCAAGAGAAAAAAGGUGACAGGAGGGAGCUCCAGAUGAUUGACAGCCUCAGCUCUGUUCCUGUGUGCCGUGUGGAGGGGGUGUGUUCCUUCCCUCCAAUUUUAUCUUAGGUACCAGUCCCUAUCAGCACAUGAUGCUCUAUUAACAUUUUAUUUGACCUUCUCUGAAUAUAGCAUUCACAUGAUAAAAGCUUGCUUGUCUUGUUUGUUUUUCAUAAUAAGAUGUCUGGCAGAAAAUUAAGCCCUUUUAUUCAGAAAAAGUUUAUUAUUGCCUAUAUAUUGUCUCAAGAUCUCCUAGGCUGAGGACUAUGAGGAAACUGCAUACAAAGGAAGUUUCAAAACCCGAACCACAAAACAACUUGAGUGAAAGCAAGAGAAUGUCCUUAACAGGCGAUGUGCAACGCCAGACAGGACUGUGAGUUUAGUGAUGAAGGGGGAGUGUUGAGUCCCUGAAAUGUAAUGGCUAAUUUUGUGAUCAUCUAUCAGCUGCAAUAAAGACUUACUGAACUCACAA